GGUGUCUCUGCUCUAUAACACAAGACCAGCUUCACACCAUGUUUGUCCUGGGUCUGCUCAUCUGUAUUGUGCUGAGAGCAUUCAGUGCUCAGGCAAAAGUGGUCACAAGCUUUAAUGAGUGUAGUGAGUUUUUCUACCAAAACAAAGAACCAGAAGGAAUAGAUCAGAAUGCCAAGAAAAUCUGUCAGAUGUACGAACAAGGAGGCUCUUAUUACGCUACGCUGUACUCAGUUUCUCACAGGAUUCCCCUUUACAGCGCCUACACAUUUGAUCCUGACUGUACAAGCGACAGUGGAAGGAAAAAUGACUGGCAUGUCGAGCGACAGAUUUCUCAACCUCAACACCAUACUGAUCAUAUGGUCCUUGAGAAAGACUUGAGUGAUAAUGAAAAAAUUAUUAUUAAAAGGUAUCAAGCCAUAAGCAGUGACUACAGUGACACCGGAUAUGAUCAGGGACAUCUGAACCCCAACAGCUUCAGCUGCGGUGAUGGCCGUAAGGCAACGUUCACACUGACCAAUGCAGCACCUAUGGACGCAUGUUUCAACCGUGUCCCCUGGAAGAACUGGGAGGGAACUUUGAGGAAAUUUUUAAAUGACAGGCUUAAUGUUGACAAAAAAGUUAUUGAUAAUAGUGAUGUUGAUAGUGAUGAUGAUCAACAGACUACAGACACAACAAUCUACAUUGUCACAGGUACAGUACCUAAUGCGAAUCUACGGAUACCACAAAGGGAAAUCUCUAACGACCCUGAUAGGGUGACGGUGCCCUCUCACAUCUGGACGGCUGUCUGUUAUAAACACCCCAGUGAAGAAAAGUCUUUCUCCUUCGGCUAUAUGGGGGAAAACAAGCCAGCAGAGCCUGGAAUAAGCCUGAUGAGUGUCUUCACGCUGAAUGAAAAGCUCAGCAGACUCUACAGUGAGCUCUCAGGAACUCAACAGUCAAUUAAGAUUUUUGAUGAUGAAUGUUAUGGUGACAAUAAUAAAUUAGAAACAGUUCGUAAUGUAUUUAAGAAAUUAAUUGAUCUGCCAGGGAACCAAAGACUCCAAAUGACCCCAGAUGCGCACAACAUAUAUAAUACGCUGAAAAGGACCAAAAACAGUGACAUAUCUAACGAUAAUAUCAAGUUGAGUAAGUUGACAGCACAAUUAACGUUUGACAGCAUGAGCACUUUCUGCAGUGUAGUAGAGCAUUUGAAGGGUUAUGGAAGUGCUUGUCUUAUAAUUAGGGCUGUAAAACUAGUUAAAAAUUUUUUUCAUGAUGAGCUCAGAAAAAGGGAAAUAUCUGAGGGGUCAGAUGCUGUUGAAUGCCUAUUGGUCCCAGAGAAGCAGAAGACUGCAGCGGAUGGAUCGCAGUGCUCGAGGAUCUCAGACUCUAGUGACAGCUGUCAGUGCUACACAGAAGGUGAAACCAAGCCCUGCUGCUCCUCUCCCUGCCUGUACCAGGGCAAUUUAAAGAGCUACAGGUGUUACUCAGGCCAGACGCCGAUAGAGUGCUCACCCCGGUACUCCCUUAUCACGUAUAAAGGAGAGAGGUGCAAGGAUGAUCACCCCUGCGCCACAUACGGCAAAGAUUACUACUGGUGUAACACCAUCUACAACACCUGGGAUUACUGCAGCCCUCCACUGUGGAGAAGUAAAGCUAAAAAUGGGCAGCACUGCCACAGCAACCAUGCAUGUGCCAAAUAUAAUGCAAAAUAUCUGUGGUGCUACACAGAUGACAAAGGCAAUUACGACCAGUGCUGUACUUCUGAUGACUGCCACUCUGCUGUGAAUGGCCAAACAUGCAGAUCUAAUCACCUCUGUGGCAAACAUGGUGAAGAUUACCUGUGGUGCUACACAGAUUAUGAAGACAACUGGGAUUACUGUUGCACUAAUUGUAGCCAGUAGAAUGUUUACAAUGUUUAUUACAAUUAAUUCUGAAGUAUGACUUUGCAAAGUUGAUUAUUAUUGUACUUGAAGCACUUACUAGCCUACAAACUUCCUAAUUUACAAAAUAAAUUCUCUCAUAUGGGCUUGAAAUUAAUAGCAGCUUAAAAUGUGGUGAUAUGUAUGCAAAAAUAAAAAGCUCAAUAAAAACAUCUAUGAAUCUAUAA